GUAUACAAACUUUGAAAAAAAAUGUUAAUGAAUGUGCGAACUAAUCCAAAUAUGAGAGAGAGAGAGAGAGAGAGAGAGAGCAGACCCUAGAAGAACUGAGGUUGAAUGAUGAAAGGAGAAGUUGAGGUGUGGGACUUUCAUGGUUCUCAUAAGCAUCACAUCACCCACUGUUCCUACUUAUAAAGCUUCGUUUUCACUUCAGCAUAGAGAGAGAAAGAGAGAACAACAUACAAAUGGGUAGAGCUCCAUGCUGUGACAAGUCGAACGUGAAGAGGGGUCCAUGGUCUCCUGAAGAAGAUGCAAAGCUCAAGGCUUAUAUAGACAAGCAUGGCACCGGUGGUAACUGGAUCGCUCUUCCUCUAAAGAUUGGGCUUAAGAGAUGUGGAAAGAGUUGUAGACUGAGAUGGCUGAAUUAUUUGAGACCAAACAUCAAGCACGGUGGCUUCUCUGAAGAAGAAGAUAACAUCAUCUGCAGCCUCUAUAUUAGUAUUGGGAGCAGGUGGUCCAUAAUUGCUGCUCAAUUGCCUGGAAGAACAGAUAAUGACAUCAAGAACUACUGGAACACAAGGCUGAAGAAGAAAUUGCUAGGAAGACGCAAACAAUCUAACAUCAACCGGCUAUCAACAAGUAGUCAGGAUCCAAAAGACACAAAUGGUCAAGAAGAUAAGUCGGUCUUAAGCAACUCAGCCCUCGAAAGAAUUCAUCUCUACAUGCAGCUUCAGAGCUUGCAAAACCCUCUGUCUUUCUACAACAACCCUGCACUAUGGCCCAAGUUGCAUACCCUACAAGAAAAGAUUAUUCAAAGCCUCCAAUUCUUGAAUGAAAAUACUACCAACCCUUUGAUGCAACAUAUUGAUGUCCCUCCUCCUAGUUCUCAACCAGGACAAGGACAAAAGGUUGAUUUCUAUGAACCACCCACUGUUGCUUUAAAUGGAAGCAAUGUACUCGAGUCAAGAUUAGAUGGCAUGGAACAAUUCAAUGCAAAAAUUCAGCCAAUUUCGACUUUCCAAGCUGAACUUGAUGCUCUACAUCUACUCAACAAUGAAACAACUGGUUUUCCACCACAAGAGGAUCCAAUAUCUGAAUUUGAUUGUUUUAAAGAAAUGGAUGGUUUGAAGGAAAGCGUGAUUUGGUGGUCCAAUGACUUCAACUCAAAAUCAGCCUCCUCAAACACUUGGGAUGCGACUUCUGUCCUUCAGUAUCAGAAUUAUGUAUCAAGUUACAAUCUACAGUGACAGAUGACAUAAGGGGUUGGGUGUAGGAUUAUUUCAAGUUCAUAAGAAGGGGAGGAUAAGCAGAAGAUGAUCACUUCUGUUGUAAAUUGUGUGAAUAAUAAUGUUGUGUCUUUAGCUAAUAUGUACUCGACAAUACUAUUGAUGGAGGUUGCUGUAUUUUUAAUCCGGAAGUUUACGGUUCCAAUUGUCA